AUGUCCCUAUCCGCCAACGACAACAAUGGCUCCUUCUCCAGGGUUGCGUCGGGCAAGACGCCGCCCCCGGCACCGUCCGCUGCUUUUGCAAAACGAGCAAGGGAGCUGGAGGCAGAGGAGAGGAUCGGUGCUAGAUACAGGCCUCCCGCGCUGCGCGCCUUAGCUUCAGGUGGUUCCCCUCCUAAUGACCUUUCUUCGACCACGAUCACUCCCGGUGACACCAGCAGCCUGCCGCCGACCAACUAUCCAGCGGGAUUUAGGAGGGCCAGGGCAGGAACCUUGCCCUCCAACGUACAGCUCGCCGCCCAGCGCUUCGCAGCCGCCUCCAGCACACUGAGCAGCACCACCGCUGCCGCGGCGGCGGCUGCUUCGACGGACUCAUUCGCCGAUCAGCUGCAGAGGCAUAGCAUCAUCCAGCCCUCAUCUUCACCGGCAAACCCAGUUCGGCCUGGUUUGCGUCACUCGACUUCGGUCGCUUCGUCAGUCCCAUCUUCUGCGUUAUCGGAGCGGAACAGCCGCCUGAGGUCUGGCUCGCUGACCUUGCCGUCGGGAGGCCUUUCCAAUGCCUUCGGACAUUCGCUGUUCUCGAACUCUUGGAUGCCGUCAAGGAACGGAGGGCUGCCCGUUUUGGAUGAUCUGCGCUCUGUCACAUCGAUGGAUUCGGGCGGGGACGACUUUGAUGUGCACACGCUUGACUAUCUCGGGCUCGAUGAGACGCUGCGCCAACCGCCGGCCGCUACUAUCUCUGAAUUGCGCAGCCAGGCGCAGGCCGCCAUCGCGGGCAACUUGGCCUCCACCCCGUCCAGGCUGCGUGCGACGACGGUCUCCAACCCGUACCAUCUCAGGCCAACUCCGGGCGCUUCGCUGCUCCCCACUCCCAACGCCGAGGAGGAAGAGGAACUGUACGAGGAGGAUGUAUACCGUAGGCAGGGACUCAACGCGUUCCAGGAUGCGGAGAGUGACUACCUCUCUUCUGGAUACAUGCCGAAGGGCUUCAAACAGGGUGAUCAUCUUUCCGUCGGCCUCGGCUCGCGUCCUCGUGCUAUCUCCGUCGGCAACCUCGACGACACUACCAGAGCUUUGCAUCGUCGCGCUGCCGCUGCGGAGGCGCAGGCUGCGUACGUCAAUGACCUCUCUAUCCAGACCGGCAUGGGCGGGCUGCUUCGUAACGACAAGCCCACUAACCGUGGCGGCGUGUCGCCUUCGGUCCACUUCCCCAAUGGAGAAUUGUCUCGUAGCAACUCGUACCUCGCGGCGCCUUCGACUGGUCAGAACCGUGCGACGUCACCGAAGUCCGAGGGCUCGUCGCAGGUGCAGACUCCCACGCGAUCUCUGUGGAUUGGUAAUUUGGACAGCUCCGUGACCAGUGAGCAGCUCAUCCAUGUGUUUGCUCCGUACGGCGCGAUCGAAAGUCUGCGGUUGCUACCCGAGAAGGAGUGUGGCUUUGUCAACUUUGUGGACCAGACGGACGCCAUCCGCGCUAAGGAAGACGUUCUCAACCGUCUUGGUGGCGACAUUGGCAUGCCGAAUGGCCAGACGGUGCGCAUCGGGUUUGGGAAGGCGGACAGCGCUCCUGUUGCGCCGGCCAAGGGCACAAACAUGAACAGCCCGUCAGCUACAUCUCCUGGUGGUGCCUUGGGCAAGUCGACGGGCAACAAUGCCGGGCUGGCGGGACUGGAUGCUCAGUUGCAAUCCACGCCGACUAGGGCACUUUGGAUCGGUUCUAUUCCAUCCACAACCACGCCUGCUACAAUCCUUAGCGUAUUUAGUCCGUACGGUCCCAUCGAGUCUGCACGUGUCCUCACGCACAAGAAUUGCGGUUUCAUUAACUUCGAGCGUCUCGAUGAUGCUGUGAGGGCUCGUAAGGCACUCAAUGGCCGCGAUGUUCUGGGCAGCGAUGUUGGAGCCAUCCGCAUCGGGUUCGCGAAGGUGCCAGUUAAGAACGGUACGGAGGGCAAUGGUGGCCAGGACGACAACGCCGGUCUCAACGUCCAGGGUAUCGGCGAUCUCAGCGUAGGCGCGACCAUCCAUGCGCUGCGUAAUAUUAAGGGAGCGACGACGAUUCCUGUUGACCAGCAGGUCCUGAGCGGUGCUGUGGAGAACUACCGGUCGAACUUGCUGCUGAGCAUGAUUGCGUCUGGUGCUCACUCGAUCGAUGCUGCUGGCAAGCUUGCUGGGUUCCCCAAUGCUGCCACUGAGCAGCAAAUGAUUAUGAAGGAGCUUAGCGGUGGUAGCCCGGAUGCCGAGGCUGACAUUCAAGCCCUCGCAGAGUUCCGUCCGCCCACGAUGUACUACACGACUAUUCCGCUGGUAUCCGAGAGGCCGCACAACAGGCGCUGGGAUGCAUCGAAGUUACGCGAACUGCGAAAGAGGCUUGAUACGAGCACUAUUUCUACCGAAGAGAUCGACAACGUUGCCGCCGAUUUCCUCGAUGGAGAGAUCGUCGAUCUUGCAUCCGACUGGCUUGGAAAUACUGUCGUGCAGAAGUUGUUUGAGAAGUGCUCACCAGGUCCUCGGUUCGCGAUGCUAGAGCGCAUUAGCCCGCACCUGGCUAUGAUCGGUAUUCAUAAGAAUGGCACCUGGGCUGCACAGAAGAUCAUUGAGUGCGUGCAGACGCCUGAGGAAGUCGCCAUUGUCACGCAGAAUAUAAGGCCUUACGUUCCGCCUCUCCUGCUCGAUCAGUUCGGUAACUACGUUGUUCAGUGCUGUCUCCGCUUUGGCCCCCCCGCUACUGAUUUCUUGUUCGAUGCGAUGGUAGACCGUCUCUGGGAGAUUGCCCAGGGGCGCUUCGGUGCUCGUAGCAUGAGGGCUUGUCUCGAGAGUAGCCAUAUCACGGUCAGCCAGCAGCGUCGCAUUGCCACUGCGGUCAUCCUUAAUUCGAUCCCGUUGGCUACCAAUCCAAAUGGCGCGCUGCUGCUCACAUGGCUGCUUGACACGUCCAACUUCCCGUCAAGGUACAAUCUGCUUGCUCCGCGCUUCACGCCACACCUCUCGCACCUCUGCACCCACAAGCUGGCGUCCUUGACCGUCUUGAGGAUCGUUAAUCAAAAGGUCGAACCGGAGGCAUCUGCGCAGAUCGUCGAGGCUCUCUUUUCAUCUCCUGGCGACCACGUUCUCACGGACGUUCUGGGCGAUCAGGUCAACGGUGUCGCCGUCGUUCAUAAAAUUAUCACGAGUUCAUUCGUCGAUCCUGCGAAGCGCCCGAGCUACGUGGAGGCGACGAAGCGUGUGUUGAUUGAGCUCAAGGUCAUCGCCACGCAGGCGUAUCGUCGCCUGAUCGAGGAAGUAGGCUUGCCGGUUCCGAACCUGCAGCCGACGUACACCACGAACGCUCCCCAGCCAAACAGCAAGAACAAGUACACCGCACAGAGCAACUAUGUCGUGCCUGGUCUUCCUGCUGGAUAUCCAUCGAGUGAUCAGGGUCUCGCAUCCAUGAUGGCUGCGCUUCAAAUGGGCGGACAGAACGCUGCUUCAGGCCCUCCCCGUCUGCAGAUUGAUCCUGGUUACGGACAAAUCGGCGCUGGUGGUCGUGGUCGCGCUUCGAACCCGGCUUCCGCCUUCUCUCCGAGCGCUGAUCCGUUCAAUCCCUUUGGCAUGCGCUCUCCCGAUCUCGUUAAUGCUAGAGGCAACACUCCCCGCCGUAAUGGAGGUAUGUCAACGCCGCCGUCGUCCGUGCCAUUCGGCGCGCAAUCUCCCAACCUCACGCAAGCUGCGAACAUGAUGGGCAUGCCCCAGCCAUCUUACAAUGGUCUUGCUGCACAGUCCGUUCCGCCACAACUCUACCAGGCGUACAUGUAUCAGAUGUAUCAACAGCAAAACCAGCCCAACAUGGGCGCUUUCCACGCCUAG